AUGUGUGAUUAUACAUGGAGUCACAUACUUCAGAUAAAUUCUAAGCGAAACUCUCAUCUUUCUCCAUUGUCAUGUAUUGCACACAUAGAUGUUAAUGCAUUCUUUGCUCAGGUCGAGCAAAUACGCUGUAAGUAUAGCCGUGAUGAUCCUGUUAUUUGUGUGCAAUGGAAUUCUAUCAUUGCAGUUUCAUAUGCUGCUAGAAAACAUGGAAUAUCUCGUAUGGAUAGUGUAACUGACGCACUAAAAAAGUGUGAUUCGAUUAUUCCCAUACAUACUGCGGUAUUUAAAAUAGGAGAGGAUUUUUGGCAAUAUCAUGACGGGUGUGGGCCGUGGCAUAAGGAUCCUUCCAAGAGAAUCGACCCCGCAAUUCAUAAAGUUGCACUUGAUCCCUAUAGAAGAGAGAGUCGUAAACUGCUGAAGAUAUUUCAAAAAUGGUGCGAUAAUGUGGAAAAAGCUAGUAUAGACGAGGUCUUUUUGGACCUUGGCAUGAAUUGUUUUCGCAUGCUAAUGUUUGAUGAAAGUGUGAAAGGUUUUGAUGACAUACGAGAAAUGUUUAGAACGGGCGAAUAUGACCUGAAAGACCCAUUGCCAGAAGUCCCUGCUAACCAUAAUUUGCAGUUUAAUGGUUUUGUCUAUAAUGAAGACGACAUGCCGAAAAUUGAGGAUUGGAGUGAUGUAAUAUUCUGUUUAGCGAGUAAUAUCACGAAUAAAAUCAGGCAGGAUAUUGAUGACAUAUUGGGCUAUACGACUUCAUGUGGGAUUUCUAGAUGCAAAACCAUAUCUAAAUUAGCAUCCAACUUCAGGAAACCAAACGCUCAAAGCAUAAUUACUAAUAGAAACGUUGAAAAGUUUCUCGAUACAGAAGAGUUUGAAUUAUCGUCCUUCUGGACCAUGGGAGGGAUUGUGGGUCAAGAGUUAGUCAAAUUGCUUGAACUUCCGUCAGAAAAAUCACUGAAGUACAUCAGGGAAUCCUGGCCACUGUCUCCUACGGAAAUAAGGGACAAACUAGCGUCUUCGUUGAAAGAUCGGUCACCGCCGCCUUCUGGCGUUAACUAUAAUAUUGACGAGACUAAUGUCUCAGUAGUAGCUGAUAAACUUUUCCACCUAGUUCGAGGAUCAUAUCAAACUCCGGUAAGUGCAAAAGUGGCCAUGUCUUCAAUGAAUUCGACGAAAAGGAUGCGGGGAACUGCUUGCAGCGGCCUAAUAAGUUGCUAUCCUUGGCUACAAGUAUACAGCGCUGAGUUAGCUGGCCGAGUGUCGGAGUUACAACAGGAAUAUGAUAAAGUCUUUAUUCCAAGAACAGUGAGCGUUACAGUAACCGGGAAACAUCGACAGCGAUAUAACAAAAGCGCUCCGCUGGUAUUGUCAAAUACAGGCGUGACCAUAACUGCAUUAUUUCAGGCGGGAUGUAAAAUUAUGAAGGAUAUAGAUGGCCUCUACGGUAGAGGCCUGCCGGAGUUGUACCCGUUAGGUUCUCUAUCUUUGACCAUAUCCAAUUUUGAAGUAAUAGAGAUGGGUAAAACUAUAGUUGACAUGCUAGGACGCCAGGUUGCAGUCGUUAAAAGACUAGAACCCGUAGGCACAGAACCCGAGCCAGAAACCCCUGCUGCUGAGCUACCAACUAGAUAUUACUGCGAGGUUUGCAAAAUAGACUUUCCUGGUUCAAAUGAACUACAGGAACACAGCGAUUAUCACUAUGCCCAAAAACUCUCAACGGAUUUGAACGGUGUUGGUGAGAAUACAUCAAAUUUGAGUUAUGGUGAGAGGAAACUACUUCUUGGUACUAAAAAGCGGGCUGCUGGGGUGCUGCAAAGUGCAAUGCAGUCAAGAAAGAAGGGUAAGCCCAAUGCAACUAUAGAUAUAUCCAAGUUUUUUAAUUCACGUAAGUAA